UAAUUUUUUUUUUUUGUCCCCAUGAUCAUAAACACUGGCUCAGAGAGCAGUUGUAAAUGUAAACAUACAACCAAUAUACUGUAUAUGCAACUUAUAUUCAGCUAUUGCAAUAAACAAAGUUAUAGCAAACAUCUACCACCAAUAUAUUUCAUAACCUCAUUAAUUAAUUACACCAAACUUCAUAUUCAUAACCCACAACUCAUCAUCAUCAUAACAUUAACCAAUACUACUUACUACACAUCAAACCAUUGAUCAUGAAAUGAUCUUUCUUUUGAAGAGAAAUACAACUUACUAAGAAAUAUCAAUGGACUCUCCCAACUCACCUGAUUUUGCUUUUACAUCAUCAACCACAGUUCACAACAACAACAGUAACAUCUUUAGAAGCCGUUCUACAAAAGAAACACCUUUCUCAAAACUCUCAUGUCCAACUUUCUCACGCAGUCUUCAAAACUCUCCAGUUUCAUCUCCUCAACAUCACUAUUUUCCCACUAAGCUCUCUGAUUUUGAGUCCCUACAAACAACUUACCACUGUGCCUCUUCUGUCCUAAGAAACGACGGACAAAUCACGUCCAUAGCAUUGUCAUCAAGUGGUUUACUUUACACAGGCUCUGAUUCCAAUGUUGUAAGGUGUUGGAAACUGCCUGAGUUCACUGAAUGUGGACAGUUGAAGACUAAAGCUUCAAAAGUUGUGGCUAUUGAGGUUUCCAAUGACACUGUUUAUGCAGCUUAUGGUGAUGGCAAGAUCAGAGUGUGGACAAUAAUUUGGGAUAACAAGGUGUUGAAACAUGUUCGAUCUGCUACUAUUCCUAAGACACUUGGCUAUGUUCGUAGCUACAUCGCAGGGAAAGACAAGACAAUGAAGCAUAAGAGACUAAUAACAUCAAUGGCAAUUAACACAGCAGAGGAUAUUAUAUACACUGCAUCUCUUGACAAAACAGUAAAAGUAUGGAGAAUCUCAGACCUCAAAUGCAUAGAGACAAUCAAAGCACACCCUGAUCCAAUAAAUGACAUGAUUGUAUCCGACGACGGCGUUCUCUACACGGCCUCCGACGAUGCCACAAUCAAAGUUUGGCGUCGGAAUUUUUGUAGCCAUGAUCAACCUCAUUCUCUCACAGUAACACUUCAUGCCAAAUAUUCACCUGUGAAAGCCUUAACACUAACCAAUAAUGAUGGAGGAAUUUUAUAUGGUGGAUGCACUGAUGGUUACAUACACUAUUGGUUAAAGGGUUGGUUUGCAGGACAACUGCAAUAUGGUGGAUCAAUUCAAGGACACACACAUGCAGUAUUGUGCUUAGCUAGUGUUGCUAAAUAUGUAGUUAGUGGUUCGGCUGAUUCAACUAGCAGGGUUUGGAGUAGAGAACGUGAUGGACAACAUGUUUGUUUAGCUGUUUUGGCUGGUCAUAGAGGACCAAUUAGAUCUGUAACAGCUUUUUUAGGAGGAUGUUUGGUUAAGGAAGAUGAUAAUGAAGAUUCUUGUACUGUUUGUACUGGAAGCCUUGAUGGUGUCUUGAAGCUUUGGCGUGUCACUCUUACAAAGAAUGCCCCUGAUAAUAAUCAGUGUUUGUCCCAAGUUGGGAACAAGUAUUUUGAAUUGUACAAGGGAUUUCAACAAUAAUACUCACUUAUGUAACCAAUGAGAAAAUGUUACUCUUCAGAGGGAAGCAUAUAAAAGUGAAGAGAGAAUCAUUCAAAUUGGUUGAAGAAAAUGAUACACCAAUAUAUGUAUAAGUAGGUGCUCGAGCAAAGGGAAUUCAACUGAAUUAAUUAGUAGAAAAACAUGCAUAACUGAUCAUAACUAAUCUAAAUCUAAUUUUAACUGAUGCAAUUGGAAUGAAUUCAGAAGCUGUUAAUCAAGCUUUGUAUAUUUGAUAAAGGUCUAUACUUUGUUCUAUACAUCAACACAA